AUGCAUUCAUGCUCUCGGACUACUUUGAGUACAGGCUUGAAAAGGAAAGGCACACCACGAUUAGUUUCAUCCGUUUUGCAUGAAGAUUAUCCAGGUAAAUUUGUUACUCCAGCUCCUAAGGAAAUCAUUUGUCUUGUCCAAGGAAAAGUUGGUGUUCAUGUAUCAUACUCUACUGCAUUUAGAGAGAAAAGACUAGCUGUUAGUGAUGUUCGUGGUUGUCUAGAAGAGAGUUAUGGUAUAUUCAUAUUUGUACAUGUUAAGGAAGGGUUUCAAGCCAUGAGAAAAGUGAUUAUUGUGGAUUCUACUUUCCUAAAGACCAAAUAUGGUGGUGCUCUAGUUUUUGCCACAGCUCAAGAUCCGGCUCAUCACCAUUAUCCGAUAGCCUUUGCUGUAAUUGAUGGUGAAAAAGAGGAUAGUUGGACGUGGUUUUUCAACACCUUGAAAACCAUCAUACCGGAUAGUAAAGAGUUGAGAGAUGAAGUUGCUGCAAAGUUCAGAGAAAUUGCUGUUAUUUAUACAGUAGCCGAGUUCGAAGUACAAUAUCAAGAUUUUAGGAUGAGUUACCCUAAGGCAGCCGCAUACCUUGAUGAGUUUGCCGAAGUGAAAAAAUGGGCAAAGUGUUAUUUUCCUGGAUUAAAGUACAACAUUGACACCAGCAAUGUCUUGGAGUCUAUGAAUGCUGUUUUUAAGGAUGCAAGGAAGUAUGCGUUGCUACCUAUGAUUGAUGCAAUUGUUAAAAAAUUUGCAGAAUGGUUCAACAAACAUAGGAAAGAAGCUGUUGCUGGAACAUAUACACAGAAACUAGUUCCUUUUGUGGAGAACUUAAUACAUAAAAGAUGUGAGGUUGCAUGCAAGCUACCAGUGACUGAGCUAAACACCUUCCAGCUAGAGUACAUUGUUAUUGGUCGCGAUGGGAAGACUUGUGUGGUAGACUUGAGACAUAAGAGUUGCAGUUGCCGCUAUUUUGACUUAGACAAGUACCCUUGUGUCCAUGCAAUAGCCGCUGCCAUGAAUUUAUUGCAACAAGAAGGUAGAACAGCGGAGGUAAGUGAUUUAUAUGAUUUGUGCACCAAAUAUUACUUAGUAGAGUUGUGGAUUUUGGGAUAUGUCAGGAGGAUUUAUCUAGUGCCGCAUAAGUCUGAGUGGACUGUUCCAACUGACGAACAAGAGUUCCAAGAACAAGGCGAUAUGAGUAGCCAAGAUGAGGGAGGUAGCGAAGAUGAAAGCGAUUGUGUCGGUAGCCAAGAUGAGGGAGGUAGCGAAGAUGAAGGCGAUGGUGUCGAUAGCCAAGAUGAACAUUAG